AUGGUUGUUCCUCUCAUUGGUCGUCUUAAGGGGCACGAAUACGCAGCCCUUGUUGGGGGCUUCUUCUUCUUGGUCUUCGAGACUGCUAUCAGCUUCAUCAUCAUGCUCCUCCCCAUUCCCAUCAUCCAGUGGUUCCACAACCACUCACGGACCCUCUUUCACCGUUUCUCCGUAAACCAUGCAAAUGGCAAGUCCGAGGCCGAAGAUGUUGCUGAUGCUAUACGCAAGGCAAAGGAUUUUGGAGAGCUGUGUCAGUAUUGGGGUUACACGCAUGAGGAACAUGUCGUUUUGACAAAGGAUGGAUAUUUAUUGGGUUUGCAUAGGCUCCCGGCGAAGAGGGGGCAGAGGAAGCGAAGUCCUGGGACAAGCACGGGAAAGCCAGUGGUGUAUUUACAUCAUGGGUUGCUCAUGAAUAGCGAAGUAUGGGUCUGUUUGACAAAUGCUGAGAGGUGCUUGCCAUUUGUCCUUGUUGAGCAAGGCUUUGAUGUAUGGAUGGGCAAUAACAGAGGGAACAAGUACUCCAAGAAGUCGGUUCAUCAUGACCCGAAUUCGAUCAAGUUUUGGAACUACAGCCUCGACGACUUUGCUUGGCAUGAUAUUCCUGAUUCUAUUCAGUAUAUCCUAGAUAUCACGAAGUCGAGCACCUUGAGUUAUGUUGGUUUCAGCCAGGGCACCGCGCAGGCAUUUGCCGCACUCAGCAUUCAUCCACAGUUGAAUGCGAAGGUGAACGUCUUCAUUGCACUUGCACCUGCUAUGAGCCCCAGAGGAUUGGCAGCUCCUCUUGUUGAUGGCCUCAUGAAGGCUUCCCCAACAUUGGUGUAUCUAUUCUUCGGACGCAGAGCCAUUCUAUCUUCUACAACGACAUGGCAAGCUAUCCUAUACCCACCCAUCUUCACAAGCGUCAUCGACACUUCCUUGCGUUUCCUCUUCAACUGGCACAGUCAUAAUAUCUCAUAUCUCCAGAAAAUUGCUGCGUAUGCCCACCUCUACUCAUUAGCGUCUGUCAAGUCUGUUGUGCACUGGUUCCAGAUCAUGCGCGAGGGUGCAUUUCAGAUGUAUGACGACGAUGUCAGCGCAUUUGGCUCUCCGGGUGGGCGUGCGUACAGACCUGCGAGGUUCCCGACGAAGAAUAUUGUCACACCAAUCGUGCUCUUGUAUGGGGACAAGGACAGCCUUGUUGACAUACAGAUGAUGCUCAAAGAGCUCCCAGACCAUACGACUGUCACUCGCCUGGAUGGAUAUGAACAUUUGGACAUUCUUUGGGGAAAGGACAUUGACAAGGAUGUUAUUCCAGAGGUUGUGAACGCCUUGAAGGUGUACUGCGACGACUCUUGUGGGAGUCCAGACAAAUUCAAGGAUGGGUUUAAAGUGUUUGAGAGGCAAUCAUAG